GAGAGGGAGCGAGCGAGCUUGCGAGCGCACGAGGGAGUGAGUGAGAUAUAUAGACGAACGAACGAACAAGAAAGAAAGAGAGAGAGAGAGAGAAGACGGGCCUGAGAGCGACGAUCGCGAGAAGUAGUAGCAAUAAUUUCUAACUCGAGUCAAGAUGGCGGCGACGGUGGUGGCGGACACGGUGGCGGUGCUCGCCAGGGGCGACAAGAUCCUCGUCACCGUCGAGUCCGCCCUAACGGACAUCCUCGUCGUGUCCUUCGUUCAUGGUGCCAAGUGUUUCCAGGGUGCGCUCCUCGACGCUACCAAGAGGGGUCUUCCUUGUGGUGUUCAACCUCCGGAACCGGUACCGGAUCCUGAUGGCGACAAGUUGGCAACUAUCGCGGCACGGUUCAGUUAUUUCCAAGAUAGAAAGAACGCAAGUGGUCCUACUAAGGUCGACCUACGUAGAAGUAUAAAUCCACCAGCUAGAUAUAAAAAUGCACGGCCGACGGUCCGGUUGAGGCCACGUCAAGUUCUUUGUAGCAAAUGUCGAUCGAUUUGUAACGAGAACAGCGAGAACGUCGACGUGAGUCGAAAACGAAAGCAUGAUGAGGAACAACAGCAACAACAACAACAGACUCAACAACAACAUUCACAGCAACAGCAGCAGCAACCAACUCAUCAACAGCAACAAAAUGUACCUACGAGAAGAAGUGAUCGUCAACGUUGUAGUCAGCAACCGCAAAAGAAUCAAAAAACAUUUUUUUCGGAAAAUACGAAUACGUCGAUGACGGCGACAGCGACGACAACGACCGCAACGGCGACGAUGACGACAACUGUGAUGAAACCAGCAACAUCCUCGUCGGGUCCUGACUCAUCGAAGCUUGGCACUUCUUCAUUGAUACCAAAACUUUCAAGAUUACAACCGAACGAGAUUAGCAACGCUAUGCAUGGACCUGGUAAGGAAGAACUAACAACUGGAGUACCAUCUACCUAUUGGAGUAGCAGCAGCGAGGCUGAUGACUCGAGCAGGAACACCUUAACACGUACGGAGGAUCGAGUCGAGUCUACGGAUUGCGAUAGUAAUCCUUCGAUGGCUUAUUUCGCAACACCUAGAAGAUUGAGUAGUUCUUCGGUGGAGAGUGCAAAAAUACCUGAAGAAGAGGACAAGAAGACUUUGGCUGCGGCUGAUUCAACUAUGAGACCGAGGAUUGGUCGAAUUCCAAGGAAAAAAAGAUCGGUCGGUUCCAUGGAAGAUCUUUGGGACGAGUCCGUGUUCGAGGAUCCAACGAGAACUGCCAGGACCACGCCUAUUAUAAAAAUUUCAUUUGGUGCUCAAGGCGAGGGUACCGUAUUGAAAAUACCUUCGAAGAUUCAGGACCCGGAAUACGAACAGGAAACCGAUGAUCCGGACGAUGCGCAAGCUGAAACCGAUCGAGAUCCUUUGGAAUUGCCACGGAACUUCGAUAAUGGUUAUGACUAUUGCGAAGAUGCCGAAGACGAUGGGCAAGAACAAAUAGAUCCACAAAAGCAGGGUGUAAAAGACGCCAGUGCAAAGGCUGCGAAAAGAGCAUUGAAAAAAGCUAAGAAAGAAGCAAGAAGGAAAAUGUUGAGUGGUGCUGUAUCGCCGGCUAGAUCGCCUUGUAAUGGUUCUCCACGAUACAAUACCAGCUAUGAUCCCUUACUUUAUCAUCGUCGUAAGCAUAAGGUGAAACAUAAGAAGAAACACAAGGAUGAUCGUAAACACAAGAAUCAACAGCUGCAGCAGCAACAAUUGCAACAAGAAGAGCAACAGCGGGAAUCCUGUGUAGAAUCUGCUGGUACAACGACAACAGAAUGUCAACAAAAUUGGAAUGUUUUACCGGAUGGUGAAACGUAUACGGCUAUAAAGGAACAGUGCCUGAAACAGAAACUCUCGAUUUCUUUGAAGAGGUUGAACACGAACGCUUACGCAAGAUGCGAUUAUCCUGUGAGCAAUGCUUCGUCCGGCUGUAAAAGCCCGGGUGCCAGUAGCGACGAACUCAGCGAACAGGAGGCUGAAGUGGACGCUGGAGAAACUGCCCCGGAUUUUCCACCUCAAUCGCACCCUCUUGUCAUGCGUUUGGCAGCAACACCGGUGGCUCAUUGUCUCACUGCCAAUGGCAGGAGGAUGGAUGUUGGGGAUGUUGUAUGGGGAAAGAUCCAUGGUUUCCCUUGGUGGCCGGGAAAGGUUCUAAGUAUUACAGUUUCCUGUAAAGAAGAUGGUACGUCAUCUGGACCACAAGCUCACGUAGCUUGGUACGGUUCCUCGACUAGUUCUCUCAUGUCCUGCGAUCAACUGAGUCCCUUCCUCGAAACUUUCAAGACACGAUACAAUAAGAAAAAACGAGGACCGUAUAAGGAAGCUAUAAGACAAGCCCAAAACGAAGCACGCAGUCAGAUAACUCCAAAUUCUACAAGCAGUGUCCUCAAUGUUUGUGGUUCACCUCGCGAGGUUAACGUUCUCUCCUAAAACAAAAGAAAAGAUAAAA